AGCUGUAGUCCCAGCGCCGCAUCCAGCACCCCCGGCCAUGCAAGCGCCGGCGGCUGCGGAGCGCAACAAGGGCCCGAUCCUGGCGGUGCUGCGGCAGUACGCGGGGUGCGGCCCCGGCGAGCUGCGGGUGCUGGAGGUCGGGGCGGGCGCGGGGCUACACGCAGCGCACUUCGCCCAGGCGCUGCCCCACACCCGCUGGCAGCCCUCGGACAUCGACCCGCGGGCGCUGCGCAGCAUCGCUGCCUACGCCGAGGCCAUGCGGGUGCCCAACGUGCUGCCCCCCAUCCUGCUGGACGUCUCGCAGGGCUGGGAGACCUGGGGGGGCAUCCAACCCUCCAGCCUCGACCUCCUGGUCAGCAUCAACAUGAUGCACAUCGCGGAGCUGGCCUGCACCGAGGUGAGCAGUGGGGCAGGGCUGCGCACUGACACGUCCCUGGCCCUGGCUCUGGGGGUCCCACGGGGUGUCCCUAGCCACCUGACCCCUGGUCCCCACCUCUCUCUUCACCAGGGCCUGUUCAAAGGUGCUGGGGUGCUGCUGAAGACGGGAGGUGUGCUCUUCACCUACGGGCCCUACGCCAUGGAUGGCCGCAUCAGCCCCCAGAGCAACGUGGACUUUGACCGCAGCCUGCGGCAGAGCAACCCCGCCUGGGGUCUUCGGGACACAGUGCUGCUGCGGCACUUGGCCGAGGCCAACAGGCUACACCUUGAGAGGAUGGUGGAUAUGCCGGCCAACAACAAGAGUCUCAUCUUCCGCAAGCUGUAACCUGCCUGUGACACCUCCUGGCACGGA